ACAUAUACGCCAGAACGGGGCAUUAUAGACAAUAUCUCCAUCCGUGACAUCGAACAAAAUGGCGGCAGUCAAAAUACCUAUCCGUAUGAGAGGUCAAACAACCUGUAUUCAUCACAGGGGAGAGAACUGGAAUUCUAUUGUGAAAAAUGUGAAGAACUUAUUUGUCCAAAAUGCCUUUCCUCUAUUCACAAAAGCCAUACGGUUUGUGAGCUCAGUGAAAUUACUCCUCAGAGGACACAACACAUUAAAAACUUUAUUGACAGAACAGAACAAACUGACAUGGUACAAAUUGGAAAAGAUAUCAAUUCUAUUGACACUCUUCUUGAAGACAAUGACAGCACAUUUAAGAAACUGUCACGUCAAUUGAAGAUGCACACAGACAAAAUAAAACAAGACCUUGACAUGCUUACAGCCGAGACACUAUCUCUUUAUCAGAAAUUGAAAGAGGACAAUACCAAACUCAUACAGAAAUACAAACAGGACCUGGAGAUGUACGACAAACAACUCAAACAACAAAUACAGGAAUGUAAGACAGCCCUUCAGCGUGGUUCUCACAUAGAAAUCUACGACACAGGAUAUGAAAUAGAUUCCGCAAUUCAUUUCCCUGCUAAACCUGUCCUGGGUACUGUCAGCUUCACUCCGAACAAAAAUCCACAAUGUCACCUGGUACUAGCCUUAGGGAAAGUGAUCACCUCAGGUCAAGGUCAUACAACAAUUGAUCCGGAUCAGUCAUGCUCAACAUCAGAUGAUCCGGGACAAUCCUCUUCACAACAACAACAACAACAACAACAACAGUCAGAAGAUAAAGGGAAGAAAGCAGUGACAAGGUAUAAACUACUGUCGGAGACCAAGGAGGUGGAGCGGUGGAGGACUUAUUGUAGCAUCACCUCGAUAUGUCCUACCACUGAUGACCAGGCCUGGACCAGUUAUUACUAUGGUGAAACAUUAACUCUCCUGGACAGGAAGGGUACAGUAAUACAGGAGGUCAGACACAAGACUAUGAUCACAGACACCAGUCUGUCACCUACAACACACAGACUAUGGGUAUGCAGCAGUGACAACGACAUCCUGGAGCUGGUAUCAGGUCAACUGACACACAGAUUCACAACCAAGGAGAAACCCAGGUGUGUAUGUGUUACAACCACAAACCAUGUCAUUGUGGGCAUGGCAAAACACAUCUCUAAAUUUACCACACAAGGUCAGAUUGCGUUCACUACAAUGGCUACUGGGACUGAGAAACCAUUAGUUUGUACACCAUACAUGAUCACAGAGUGUCCUGUCACUCACAAUGUAGCAGUAAUUGAUUUCAGUGAUGUACAUGAUGGUGGUGAUGGAAACAAGCGUGUUGUUGUCAUAGAUACUGACUUCCAGGAACUGUUUGUAUACAGAGGUGAUAUCCCCAGUCCAUUUAAACAAGCAUCACAAACAGCAGAUAAACCUUUUGAUUCAUGGGGUGCGGUGUAUGACAGUGUGGGGAACCUCAUCAUAGGAGACAAUGACAACAACAGGGUCCUACUCCUCAGUGGGGGUGGUGAGUUCCUCAGGAUCAUCCACACAGACAGAGACUGGGCAGGAGCUGUAGGUGUAGACAGGAAUGAUGUCCUGUGGGCAGUGUUUUCGGGAAGUAAUAUAAAACUACUACAGUACUGUGAGUGUUAGUUAUACUAAAACUACUACAGUACAGUACAGUAUAAUGUGAUAGCUAUAACAAGAGGCCCAAUAGGCCUGAAUCUAUCAUCUGUGGCCAUGAAUGUAAGGAUGUUUUGAUGUCCAAAUGAUAAACAACCCGAUACAUUUGUACUCUGACAUGAUCGUCUAUGUAGUAUGAUUAUCAUUGUGAGAAAUGUUGAUAUUUGUCAUGUUUUUUAAUUACAUUUUUUAAAUAAAUGGUGUGGAUAAUUCA